CGCCUCCUUUUGCCUCUCCACUCCACUCUCGCGCCCCAAAAACCCUUAGAGAGAAGAGAAGAAGAAGAAGAAGAGGCGCAACCAUGGCAUCUGAAGGACUGGUACCACGCGGCACCAUGAGAGCCCACACCGACAUGGUGACGGCCAUCGCCACCCCCAUCGACAACUCUGACAUGAUUGUCACCGCGUCCCGUGACAAGUCCAUCAUUCUCUGGCAUCUUACCAAGGAGGAGAAGGCCUACGGUGUGCCGCGCCGUAGGCUAACAGGUCACUCUCACUUCGUCCAGGACGUCGUCCUAUCAUCCGACGGCCAGUUCGCUCUCUCCGGCUCCUGGGACGGUGAGCUCCGCCUCUGGGAUCUCCAGGCCGGUGUCUCCGCCCGCCGCUUUGUGGGUCACACCAAGGACGUGCUCUCCGUGGCCUUCUCCAUCGACAACCGUCAGAUCGUGUCCGCCUCCCGCGACCGCACGAUUAAGCUUUGGAAUACCCUUGGAGAGUGCAAGUACACCAUCCAGGAGCAGGACGGGCACAACGACUGGGUCUCUUGCGUGCGCUUCAGCCCCAACACGCUCCAGCCCACCAUCGUCUCCGCCUCCUGGGACCGGACCGUUAAGGUGUGGAACUUGACCAACUGCAAGAUCAGAAACACACUGGCCGGGCACAAUGGCUACGUUAGCACGGUGGCGGUCUCACCCGACGGUUCGCUGUGCGCGAGCGGAGGCAAGGAUGGCGUGAUUCUGCUCUGGGAUUUGGCAGAGGGGAAGAAGCUCUACUCGCUCGACGCUGGGGCCAUCAUCCACGCGCUCUGCUUCAGUCCCAACAGGUACUGGCUGUGCGCUGCCACAGAGCAGAGCAUCAAGAUCUGGGAUUUGGAGAGCAAGAGCAUUGUGGAGGAUCUCAAGGUGGAUCUCAAGACUGAGGCUGAGAAGGCUGAUGACACCACUACAAGUAGUACUAAGAAGAAGGUUAUCUACUGCACUAGCUUGAACUGGAGUGCUGAUGGAAGCACAUUGUUCAGUGGUUAUACCGACGGUGUCGUCAGAGUGUGGGGGAUUGGGCGUUACUAGUAGAGUUUGAGGAAUUUCACAUGCUUUUCUGUUUUGAGAACAAACCAGUUACUCUUCUUAAUUGUAGCUGUUCUAAAAUUUUAGGAAUUUCUUGCAAAUGUCGAGCUACUGGUUAUAUUUAUGUUGAACAUGGCUUUGAGGCCAACGAUGUUUUGGUUUUGUUUUUAUAACUAGAUAUUACAUUGUUUCUUUUUCCAAGCAUGGAUAUGAAGUUGGUUUGCCCUCU